AUGGAUUAUCGUGAGUCGCGGAUGAAUAUGAAAGAGUGUAACGAUCACUUUGACUACGAAGUUGACUCGGAUGACGAGUGGGAGGAAGAGGAGCCUGGUGAGUCUCUCCGUGGAUCUGAUGAUGAAAAAGACGAGGAAAAUCCUGAUGACAAUGAAUAUGAUGUUGAUAAUGAAUUUAUGGUGCCGCAUGGAUAUCUAUCUGAUGAAGAGGCGAAAGCUGAUGAAGAGGAUGAUGAAAAUUUGAGCACCGGCGAAGCAGAAUUAUCCGACGACUGUGACGAGUCUUCAGCGUCAAACAGAAAAUCCAGCGCUGCUGGAGCCAAGAAAACAAAAGUCCCGGAAGACGCUUUGCCCGACCUGAUUCGUUUGAUCCACGGGAAUAUAAACGCCAGCGCGUUUCUAAUAAAAGAGUUCAUAUCUUUCUGGCACCGAAAGUACCCUCGAGACGAGCGGCGCAUAUCAAAAGUAUCUUUGCGAGAAAAGAUCCGGGAGCUGGCCAAGCGAACAGCGUGUCCAGAAGAGGGUCCUAUGCACUUAAAAACUUGCUGGUACGUUCCCGAGAGUGUCCGACAGCAGUAUCUCAAGGAAGAUUUGACUCUUCCUAACACCUGGACGUAUAUCUUAACUCCGAAGCGUAAGACGAUAACUGAAGCUGAAGCGGGUGACAAGGACUUUGAUCGCGAGAAGGAGAAGGACAAAGAUAAAGAGAAAGACAAGGAUAAUCAUAAAGAAAAAGACAAGGAAAAAAAGAACACGCCAUUGAUUACUCAGUUUACGAAAAAAAUCACUCAGGAAGAAAUGAAGCGACAAUUGUCUAUGAAGCCACCUUCGUCGACUCAAAAGCCUUCAAUCGUUCCAACAACGAGUAAGCCUCCAAAGAGAGUCGCUUUAAUUUCAGUUGCAAGAGGCGAACAAUUUCCUAAAGCUUCUGCUUCAUCUUCCACUUCAUCAUCUUCAUCUUUAAUCAUCACUGCCUUUAAUAAAAUUAACGCAAAAUCUCUUCCCACAUCAACUUCAUCCACUUCAACUUCAACAACUUCAUCCACUUCAACUUCAGAUUCAAUCAUCACCGCGUUUAAUAAAACUAGCGCUAAAUCUCUUCCCACUUCAAAUUCAACUUCAACAACUUCAACUUCAACUUUACAGUCUGGAAGUUCUUGCAUGCCAAUUACUAUUGACGAUUCAUCUCAAAGUCCGCGAAAAAAUGAAUCAUCAGCAAAUGAAGUGACGAUUAUUGAUAAUGAAAAUUUAAAAGCGGAUAAAAUUGAUAAGAAUGAUGGCAAAAAUGAAGUUGUUAUUGAUGUUGAUGAAGAAAAAGAGUAA